UGAAACUCGUUCAAGUCUGUUGUAGCUUUAGUGCUUUACCGUCCGUCCAUUUAGAUAUUUUUUUGCGGCCGGUGCUCUCUGAUUCUUCUUCGUCAUCCACUGAAAAUGUCGUCCUGCUGCGGAGGAAACUGUGGCUGUGGCUCCGGAUGCAAGUGCGGUUCCGGUUGCGGCGGAUGUAAGAUGUUUCCGGACGUGGCUGAGAACACCACCAGGGAGACUCUCGUUCUGGGCGUCGCCAGCACCGGCAAAGUGAACUUGGAGGGAUCUGAGAUGGGAUUUGGAGCUGAGAAUGGAUGCAAGUGCGGAGCCAAUUGCACCUGCGACCCCUGCAACUGCAAAUGAGGGAUGACCCCUUCUGAAGCAGAGAUGACUUCUAUGACUUUUUACAUUUCUCCUUGUGAGAAAAUAAUUAGAAUCUGUCUAGUAGUGUUAUUUGAGUUUUAGAAUAAAGCGACCAUGGUUUACCCCUUGUUGCUUUACUUAGCUGGGGUUUGUUACAGCCAUGGUAACUUGGUUGUUCUGUUCUGUUUACAUAUUUACAUAUAUGUGUUAUGUAGUAAUAGGUAUAAUAUAUAUCCAUAUCUGCUGUCAGCAUCUCUGCUUUUCUAUAUAUGGAAUUUAACUGAAGUAUGCUUUGUGUAAGAAAGGGAUUCAGUUUUUAAAAUGAAUGAACGGAAUGCUCCUUUCUUCUUGAUAGAACUUUUUCUCUCAUUUCACUUGUUUUUGUUAAUUCAUAAUAGAGAUUACAGGAAACA